CGGGAAAGCGGCCCAGCGCGCGCCGCGGGAGGAAGCACUGCUGGGUCCUCUUGGGUCGGGUCCGGGUGGGCCAUGGAGUCGUCGCCUGAGCGCGCGUCCCAGCCCGGACCCCGCUGCGUUGUACUCCUUCCCCUGCUGCUGCUGCUGCUGCUGUCCACCCCGGAACUGGGCCCGAGCCAGGCCGGAGCCGAAGAGACCGACUGGGUUCGACUGCCCAGCAAAUGCGAAGGGUCGCUGAAUUGGAAUGGACUCAUCGGCAGCAGGAUUGGGUCCCUAUCAGAGGCCCAGGAGCGCUCAUGGGCUGUGCUGGGCCUCUCUCCCCCAGUGUGUAAAUAUGUUGCUGUGGAGCUGAAGUCCGCCUUUGAGGAAACCGGCAAGACUAAGGAGGUGAUUGACACGGGCUAUGGCAUCCUGGACCGGAAGGCCUCUGGAGUCAAAUACACCAAAUCGGACUUACGGUUAAUUGAAGUCACAGAAACCAUCUGCAAGAGGCUCCUGGACUAUAGCCUGCACAAGGAGAGGACCGGCAGCAACCGGUUCGCCAAGGGCAUGUCAGAGACCUUUGAGACGCUACACAACCUGGUGCACAAAGGAGUCAAGGUGGUGAUGGACAUCCCCUACGAGCUGUGGAACGAGACCUCAGCAGAGGUGGCGGACCUCAAGAAGCAGUGCGACGUGAUGGUGGAGGAGUUUGAGGAGGUGAUCGAGGACUGGUACAGGAACCACCAGGAGGAGGACCUGACAGAGUUCCUCUGUGCCAACCACGUGCUCAAGGGAAAGGACACCAGUUGCCUGGCAGAGCAGUGGUCUGGCAAGAAGGGGGACACGGCUGCCCUGGGAGGGAAGAAGUCCAAGAAGAAGGGCAGCAAGGCCAAGGCCUCAGGUGGCAGGAGCAGCAGCAGCAAACAGAGGAAAGAGCUGGGUGACCUCGAGGGAGACUCCAGCCCUGAGGAGGAGGAGGGCAUCCAGAAGGCAUCCCCACUCACACAUAGCCCCGCCGAUGAGCUUUGAGCCUAACCCAGCAUCCCCUGUACCAAGGGUGUAGCAAGAGACCCCUGACCUGGAAGCUAAAGAAGCUGGGGCAGGCUCCGGCAAGCAAAGGCGGCUUCUGCAGCCCCAGGGUCCUUCCUGCCUCAGCUGUGCCCUCUUCCCGCCAAGGAAAGCACAGCCCCAGGAAGAACUCAGAACAGUAGCGGUUAGCCUGAGCCGGUCUUAUCCCUCAGCCAAGCAUCUCUCCUGACAUGGGCUUGACCAGGCCAUGUGGUUUCAGGACUGCCAAGGACUCUGAUGUAAACUCAGGAGGGGUGGGGGUCUGAGCUGGGCACCAGGACUGGAGCCCACAGGAGGCAUGCCCAGCCUUCAGUCCCCAUGCCUUACGCCACAGGGGAGCAAGACUGCAGCACCCAUAGCUCCCCUUCCCUGCUAACCCUGCCCUGGGGACACCUUACGCUCUUCUGGCCCUCUUCCCUGGGGCUCACAGUACAAUGUGCAGAGUAAAAACCUCUUGGCCUUUUUUGUCCCGAUUUCUGAGUCCUCUUCAACCCCUCAGGAGUGCCCUGGAGCCCCUUGUUGCUCCUUCCUGGCCCUCACCUUCUCUCAGCCGCCCCCAUCCUCCCACUGGAGGCAGAACCUACCAGCUGUUGGGAACAGCAAACACAGGGAGGGCCCAGGGUUAUUUUGGGGCCUGACCCUGUCCCUCAGCUGAACCUCAUGCCCUGGGCACUUGCUUGCCCUCUUUCUCUUUGCUCCCUCCUCUCCUGCCUGUCCUUCCCCAGGGCCUUCCCAUUUGUUGUGUAAAGUGUUUAGUGUUUAUCCCACUAGCUCCUGCCUCUCCCUCCCACCUCCACGUGGCCCUGCCUAUUGGUCUUGGACCUUGUUCCUUGAUGACCACACUUGAGCACUCUGCUCUUCCCAGCUGGAGUCUGAGGGGAGGACACCCCAGUCCCUCAGCAACACCUCUUGGUUACACUAUGUUCCCUGGGGCCAGGGGAGGAACAAAAGGCUGGCCUGUGGGGAGAAGGGGUGGGAGGCUCAGGUCCCUCCCCUGUCAGUCCUGAGGUCAGGGAUCAGGACAGUUGUGAGCAGUAGCGAUGACAGUUGUAUGUCUUCCCAGUGCUUCAAUGUACUUGUGGUCUUAAGCCAUUUUGUAGAAAUUAAGGCUGAAGUCAAGUAAAGUGCCCAAAGUCCUACUACUUGGGGACAGUGGUACAAGCAGACAUAGGUUCUCACCUUAGAAAGAUCUAUUGUAUUUCCCACUACUUCACAGCUACCAGGGUCUCUUCCUAACAGCUAGCACUGAAACUGUAAUUCAUUUUGAACUGGUUUGGUUUCUUGGGCCUAACUCACCACCUACCAACAAGGCUCUUUUAAAAGGAAAGUAGGAAGCAACUGUUGCUUCUUGGAAAGAAUCAAUGGCAAAGGCCCCGUGGAGCUGUGCCAUCACAGACAGAGGCCAAGACUGAGACUCCACCUCCCACUUUCCCUGUCUGGGCCCAGCAGGAAGGAGUCCUGCUGAAGACUCUCAGGGGUUUAGUAAAGAGGCUUUCAGGUCUCAGUUACUGUGGGUGAGGGGGCCUGCUUAGCCCCGCUUCCCCUUCCUCCAAGUUAAGGCAGUCUUGACCAUGGAGAUUGGAGCAAACUGGCUGUGGAGGCUUAAAACUAGGUCCUUGGAGGAAGAUACUUUUUUCAUCUAGACCCCCGCCGCCUCAUCUCCGGACCGAUACUGUCCACUGUUAAAGAUGCUGGUGGGCAGUGAGAUCCAAUCUAGAGCCAGGUCCCACCCCCCCCCCCGCCCCUGGACUUUGCUCUGAGCAUAGGAGAUGGCUGGGGUGGGGUGGGGGCUGGAACCCAGGGUGGGCAAUCAUUUGCAGCCCCUUGGACUGUCUAGGAUUCGGUGGCCUGUCCCUGCUACCCGCCAUUCUGUCACUAACCCACAGCAUUUCAGUGCCUGGUUUGCCUCUGUCCCUGGAGUUUCAUUGAUUCUGAAUGUAAGGUAGAAUGGGGCAAAGGCCUAUCCCCUUUACCAGGGUGUUGGCCGCAUGGGCCAAUCCUCAGGACAGGCAGCGCUGUCUUGCUUUGCUCUUUGACCUGUGGCUGCGGGAUGACAAGCCCCCUCCCCCUCCUGAGGGCCAGGUGUGUUGUACACUCACUAGCUCUGCACCCAGCCCACCCCAGCAGAGGCAGAGGCAGGAUCUGACUUCCCAGGGUUUUCUUUUCCUAUUCCCACCAUACAUACAAGUCUUUUUUGAACUUGGCUAGUAAGUCCAUUUUCCCACAUUUCUUCCCUUCCAUAAGGUGAGGGUACUGCCUGAGCCUGAGUUAAUCUGAUCUCAGUCCCCCUACUAAAACAGUUUCCUAAACUUGCCUGGACAUGAGAGUCACCUGUUAAACAUACAGACCUCUGGACCCACCUCAGUCCUGCUGUGUUGGAGACUGCAUGCUUAACAGGCAUCUCUGAUGGUUCUGACAUAGCCAGCUGGGACCCACUUCAGGCAACAUUUGGCAGUGUAACCUGUUGCUGACAAGUUGGUUUUGACUCAUGGUGACACCAUGUAUGUCAGAGUAGAACCGUGCUCCAUAGGGUUUUCAAUGGUAGGUUUUUCUUCCAAGGCACCUCCGAGUAGACUCCAACCUCCAACCUUUCAGUUAGCAGCUGAGCACAUGAACUAUUUGUACCACCCAUGGACUCCAGCAUUUGUCAACCCCAGGUGUUGCCCUAAGAGGGGGCUUUGAUGAAGUCACACUGGGCCAGGGUCUUGUCCUCAGAAACCCAACUUCUCAGAACCCCAAAUUGAAUCCAUCUUUGUAGGAGAUUUCCAUCAGCCAGACUCCCAAAGGCAGAUGGACAAAGCACAGGCCAGUUUAUACCCGUUCAGUGCUUAAAAGAACCACAGGCAGGGAUACAGUCAAGUCUCAAGGGCUAGGUUUUAGUAUCAGCAGUGGCACCUCAGGGCCUGUGUGUGUGAAUUUUAAAGGGCAGUGCCUAAAAGGCAGGCUUCACUCCUUAUCCCAGUUGCUGGGUGGCGUUUCCAUGCAGCGCCUUUGCACAAGUCAGAGAAAGAUGCACUUUACACAUUUGACUUCCAUCUGUUAGAAGGUUGUUUAAAUAUGUUUUGUUAGAAUAAGACACUGUUAGCCAGAAGAUUAUAAUUAUAUAAUAAUAAGUACACAAGCCUAUAAAGUUUGCAGUGUGAAUGGAGCCCUUUAAAUGUGGAGCCCUUAAAUAAAAAUGGUUAAAAUGGGAGAAAAAAAAAUGUGGAGCCCUUGCGCAGUGUACAACCUGUCCAGAUGUUUACAGCUGCCCUGCAUCACUAUAGUGCCCAAAUAGAAACAAAAUUUACUCUCUACCUCACCUAGAUCUGAUGGCAUGUACUAAGUCACAUGUUUCAAUGAGCAAUGUUUAACCUGUUGCCAGGGCCUGAAUAGUAUAUCUGUUUUAAUUGUGGCAAAUAUAUAGGUAGCAAAAUAGUUGCCAUUUCAACACUUCCCAUGUACAGUUAAGUGACUUACGUUCAUCAUGCUGAUCAACCAUCACCAUUUAUCCGGAAUUUUUCCAUCACCCUUAAUGAUUAGUGUACCAUUUUUAUGUUGAAAAACAGUGAGCAGACCCCUGGAUACCAAAGAGAGAUUAAUGGUGGUUAAAAACCAAACCCGUUGCCCUCGAGUCGAUUCCGACUCAUAAUGACCCUAUAGGACAGAGUAAAACUGUCCCAUAUGGUUUCCAGGGAACGCCUGGUGGAUUCGAACUGCUGUCCUUUAGGUUAGCAGCUGUAGUUCUUAACUGCUACGCCACGAGGGUUUUAUAAUGGACGUUAGUACAUCUUAAAACUGCUUUUAGCAACGUGUGACAUGGUCAAAGAGAACCUGUCCUCAUACAUUGGUGAAAUUCUCAGAGGUGCACGAAGUAUAGUAGUAAUGAAGGCACCAUUACUAGUGUUACAACCCACUGAUACAGGGAAUCUAUUUUACACUUAACCAGACUUAGACCAGAUUGAGCCUUAUAUGGUACAUAAAAAAGUGCCAAAACGCACCCACUGUGAUAAUUCUGCUGGCAGAGUCCAUGCAGGGGGGCAGCUUCCCUUCCCUCCCCUCCCCCAGCAUCCAGUGUUCAAUCUGGGUUGACAGUGUCAGUGGAGAAGAGCUUUUUUCAGCAGCUUGGACUGAAGUUAGGUCCCUGUGUGAGGCAAACGCUUUGCACUUGACUGCUAAUGUAAAGGUUAAACUUCAAACCCACUCUGUAGCACCCCGGAAGAAAGGGCUUCUUCUGUAAAGGAGAGUUUUGCUCUGUAACACAUAGGGUUGCCAUAAGUUUGAAUUCAGUGGCAACGAGUUUAGUUUUUUUUUUUUUUUUUGGACCGAAGUUUGGAAUGUGACAUCCAUCAUCUGAAAAUGAAUAUCUACCUGUUCUAAAUAAAAAACAUCCAAGAUGUCUUUCAUUUGUAGCUACUGCACAUACAUAAAUCACAAUUCAGGAUUUUAAUGUGUCCUCAGGGAGGAAUUGCUUUGGAAUUUGUCCAGGUGCAGCCAUAGUCCCAAGCUAAAGUCUUUUUGCAUACAUAUUAAAUAUUUGGAGAUGAAGAAUUUAGUCUUUCCAGCCAAUUCCAAAUAAGUUUUGCAUAUUUAAAAUAUCACCUAUUUUUAUUUUCAAUUAAGUCAAACUAGAUUGAUUUCUGUAUUUGAAUGUUCAAAACUUGGGGAAUGAUUAAGUCACAACGCAUCCCCCUCAAUGGACUGUUACAUGGACAUUAAAAAGGUGCUUAAGGCCAAGCAAUUUAUGGUCAAGAGAAGAAAAUACACUUUUGAUAGUUUAAAGAAAAAAAAAUUGAAGAAAAACAUGAAAUUUCAUGUAGACUAUGAUCUCAACAUUUUGUUUUUUUUUAAAAUACAUCUAGAUGAGAAAGAAAGAAAAUCAUUAAUUUGGGAACUAAAAUCUUUGAAAUAGAAGGUACUCACAAUCCAUAAUUUUUUCAACCCUAACUUAUCACCAGCAUUCAUAUUAUUUAAAAAAUCGCAUUAUGGCCCUGGGGGUAAAAAACUAUGUUUCUCAAAGUGUUAGGCAUCAAUACUUAAAACCAAACAUUUAAGUCAGAUUCCUUAUCAGUAUGGUGAGUGCAUGGCUGCAGGCCAAUCACAACAUGCUGUACAAACAUUAGGAAGUCUGAGGAUUACUCCAAAAUUUCAAACAGCUCUCAGCUUAAAAGGAAAAGACUGAAAUAGUUUCUAGACAUGGAAAAUCUUGCCCUAGAGGGGGAAAUCACAUUACACCAAAUUAAAAAGCAAGAUGCUUAAAUAGAUGUUCUAGAUGACCUUUUUUUUUUUUUUUUCCUUGUCUAGAUGAAACAAAAUACUUUUUUUUUUGGAGCUAGUUUUAUCAAAAUCCUAUGGGUUGGGACUAAUGGACCACAUCUACCACGGGCUCCACCAGACUGAGUCCAGUGCAACUAGGUGGUGCCUGGCUACCACCACUGACUGCUCUGACAGGGAUCAUAAUAGAGGGUCCCGGACAGAGCUGGAGAAAAAUGUAGAACAAAAUUCUAACUCAGAAAAAAAGACCAGACUUGCUAGCGUGACAGAGACUGGAGAAACCCUGAGAGUAUGGCCCCCAGACACCCUUUCAGCUCCGUAAUGAGGUUACUCCUGAGGUUCACCCUCCAGCCAAAGAUUUAACAGACCCAUGGAACAAAACAGGACUAAAGGGGCGCACCAGCCCUGGGAAAGGGACUGGAAGCCAGGAGGGAACAGGAAAGCUGGUAAUGGGGAACCAAGGGUUGAGAAGGGAGAGCGUUGACAUGUCAUGGGGUUGUUAAUCAGUGUCAUGGAACAGUGUGUGUACUAACUGAUGAGAAACUCGUUUGUUCUGUAAACUAUCUAAAGUACAAUAAAAAAAAAUACAAAAGCUAUGGAGCGCAGUUCUGCUCUGACACACACAGGGUUGUCAUGUGUUGGAAUCAACUCUGUCACCUGGUUGGUAGUUUUAUCAAAGAGUUUCUAAAUUGGAUCUUCUUUGGCAAUUUCCAGGUGAAAGAGUGGACAGAGAUGUCUGCUACAAACAAUGCUCUUCUCCCAGGCUUCAUUAUUUAUAUGAAUAUCCCAAGGAGAAAUGUCACAGGAAUACUUGCCCAUAAAUAUUUAGACCCAAAGAACCUGGUAAACCUUAACAACCUGUUGAUGAGAUGAUCCUGGUCAUUCUAAAGGUGACAUUUCUCAACAGCUUUUGAGCCCUGAGAAAAUCCCAGGUUUACCUCAAAUGCAUUAGACGGUUAAAAGAGUGACCCUCCUGCCUAUUUCGGCAUUCCUUUCCCAGACAAAGCAAAUGGAAGAGAAAACAGUAUGAGAAAAAAUAAUGAUGAAUUGCCCUAGGCUAUUAUACUUAGUUAGCUUUUCAAAUAUUUUAUAUUCAGCCAAUCAAUAUGUGGAUAGUGAUAAAUUAUUUCUCUUGUCAUUUUGGUUGUUAUUCCUAUUUAACGUCAUUAUUCAUUUUUCCCUGAGUGGACUUACAGAACUCCUGUGAGAUGAAAUUAAAUAUUUUUUUUCUUUUAAUUUUAGGCCUAUUUUUCCUUAAAAUUUCAUUUCUUAUGAUAUGACAAAAUUGUUAGCAGAUUUUAAUGCUGAACUCGUCCAUUUACAGCCAGAUAAUCAAUUACUUUUCUCCUGAUUUAGGGCAAAAUAAAUGUGAAGCUUUUUUUAAGUAAAGAAUGAAUUUUCCUACCCAAGGAAGGCACUGAUUUUCUUGGAUAGGCCUCAUACUUAAAAAAAAAAAAAGCCAGCCCC